UGUAGUAGGGUUGCCGCAAAUAGUUCAGAAGUGUCAAUUAUGUUGCUCGUUUGCACGUAACCAUCGUACUCGAGGAUGUUUUUGAAAAGAUUCUAUGGAAGUGCAAUAUUUAUCAAUAACAUUGGUGAAAUUCUGAAGAAAAAUGGAAGAAGGGCCAUCCACAAACAACUGCCAGAGGCUGUGUCAGGCACGGGAAUUUCACAACAUGACUUAGAAUUGAUGGAGAGGAAUGCCAGCAUUCGGAAAGGACAUGGAGACAUUGGUUUGAUUCGUGAACUACAAUCCAAAAUAGAGUUUUCUCCAGCGGGAUCACCUGAAAGAAGCGCUCUCUUGCAAGAAUUCAACGAAGAGCUCUAUAAACUACCAAACCAAACACAUCCUGAAGUAGCAGGCUACGGUGAAGAGCCAAAGAUCCUGCAGACUUGCAAUGAAUAUCCGAACUUCGACUUUGAACCUCUUGCUUUCCCCGAGAUAGCAAAGAAAUUGAAUUUGUUACGUAUGGAGCAUUUGGGCAAUUUCACGGGGCACAAGAGCUAUUACUUCAUGAGUUUGCUGGCUGAACUCGAACAUGCCCUCACACAAUAUGCUUUGGAGGAAGUCUCUAAACAUGGUUUUGACCUAUAUUCUGUUCCAGACAUAUUGCCAGCGGAUACAAUAGAAAGCUGUGGAAUGGCCACUUCUGGGGAAAGGACACAAGUUUAUAAAUUAAACAAAAGUCAAAAAUGUUUAUCGGGUACAUCAGAAAUGGCGUUGGCCGGUUACUUUAUGAAUACUUUGCACAAUGAAACAGAUCUCCCCAAGAAAUUGACAGCAGUGAGUAGAUGUUUCCGAGCGGAGACCUCAGGGCUGCAGGAAGAAAAGGGCAUAUAUAGAGUACAUCAAUUUACGAAAGUGGAGAUGUUUUCUGUUUGCACAGCGGAGCAAUCUGAAGCUAUGCUGGAGCACUUCAAUCAAAUUGAGUUACAUCUAUUUGAAAGGCUUGGUUUGCAUUAUAAGUUACUGGAUAUGCCACCACAUGAAUUAGGUGCCCCCGCAUAUCGAAAAUAUGACAUAGAAGCCUGGAUGCCUGGACGUAAAAUGUGGGGUGAAAUAUCUAGUUGCAGUAAUUGUACAGACUAUCAAGCAAAACGAUUAAACAUCCAAUAUAAAUCGGGAAAUGGUAUGAAAUUUGCACAUACUGUGAAUGGAACAGCGUGUGCUAUUCCACGCCUGCUUAUAGCCUUGUUAGAAACGAAUCAGGACAAAAGCGGAGUGAUACAUAUACCUGAGGUACUGCGAAAAUAUCUUCGAGGACAGGAUAAAAUACCCAGAAGAAAAAUAUUACCAGAGCUAAAACUGGUAAAAACGAUACAUUCGCCAUUGUAGUAAUUUUGAUAAUAAAUAAAUGUGAGAUG